CGAGCUCACUGAAAAAGAACAGUUGAUGCUGUCAAAAACUCUGCCAAUCUCUAGAGAUGGAAAGGUAUAUAAGAAAAGAUUGCUGGAUAGCGUGAAGCCUCUCAAAGGGAAAAAAGUCAGUGUCAAUAACCUAGACACGCUAAUGGAGAACAUGGAAAUUCAGCUUGAGAAAGAGGACUAUGAAGGCUUACUGACCCAUCUGCCAGCUGAUGAGAAUAAAAUGGUUGAUUUGGAUGUGGCAAUGGAUGAUGCAAAAGCUUUCACAGGAGAGAAAGUUAAUGUCAGUAAUCUGGACAAUGUGCUGAGGACAGUGGGGCUAGUGCUCACUGCUGAGGGACAUGAGGAGCUGCUGAAAACUCUGCCAACUCACGCUGAUGGAAAAAUAUAUAAGAAUAGAUUGCUGAAAGGUGUGAAAGCCCUCAAAGGACCAAGGGUCAAAAUCAAAAAACUGGACUCUUUUGUGGAAAACAUGGGAAUUAGACUCAAGGAUGAGGAAUUUGAGGAACUAAUGACCCAACUGUCAGCUGAUGGUGAUAAUACAGUUGGUCUGAAUGAUUUGAUGGAUGCUCUCAGUUAUAUCAAGGGAUUCUUCAACAUAGUUACAGAUCUCAAGAGCCACAGAACUAUUCAUUUUCCCCAUUAACCCCAAUCCUGGAAAUUUAUCCUGUGGAAAUAACUUAAUUGAAUAAAAGAAAAAAAUCUCUUCCUAAAGACCUUCAGGGAAAUUUGAAACAGCCUAAAUAUCUAACAGUAUGGGAAUACCAAAUAAGUCAUGGAGAGGUGAUUGAUAUCCAGGACUUAGACAACUUUCUAGCAAAUGAGGGGGUUGAGCUCACAGAAGAAGAAAUGAAGAAACUAAUACCUCAUUUGACAUCCAAUGAACAUGGGAACGUUAAAGUGCAUUCAAUAAUGGAGGGCCUGAAGAAGUUUAAAUGAAUGGUGCCUCUACAGAAGUUGAUGAAAAUCACAAAUGAUACUAAAGGACUGACCCAAAAACAUAUCUGCUAAAAAAAAAGAAAAGAAAAGCACAAGGACUCAGAAUCCAUGCCCAUUUGCUUGUCAAGCUCUAUGAGUGGAAAUAAUAAACAACAGGCUGGCCCCAAACUUAAGUCCUAACCCCAAAGCACCUUCCAUCUAUCCAGUGCACCAAGCUGUGGAACCCAACUUAUGUCCUGGGACCAUCAGCCCUACAGAUAAGUAUCAUACCAGUCCACCAAUUCUAAACUACCUAGGAUAUGCCCACCAGUAAAUUAAGUGAAAUCAGCCCUUCAUCCCAUUUGGUUCUGAAUAGAUGAGUAUUGAUGUAGCUAAAUUAUAAUACAUACCUACUCCCCAGGAUAGUUUAGUUCCUUAUGUAUUCCACCCUAUUAAUUUUGAUGAUUUUUGUCACCACUGUUCACUCACAGAUUAUAGAAACCUGAAUUUGGAUGAACUUGUCCCACUUCCCUGUCAGCUACUUUAGGGUAGGCAUACCAUCUUUUUUUUUUUUUUUUUUGCAGUACGCGGGCCUCUCACUGUUGUGGCCUCUCCCGCUGCGGAGCACAGGUUCAGCGGCCAUGGCUCA